UAUCUCAUCAAUCUACUGCCUAACUUAAAAGUUCGGCAGGAACACCAGAAACUUUCCUUCUAUUAAAGUUCCACUCCUUUUGGUCUCCUCUGUUUUUCGCCUUCCGACAGCCUCUUCAUCUCUCUCCCUCGCUCAUGAAGGCCAGCGGAUUUCUCUGCCGGUCACAGGCCUCGACGGCGGUUUGCGUCCCAGGCGAUCCCCGGUUGAUGAUACUACCGCGUGGGUAUUCCCGCCUUGUCGACUCUCGGAGACUCAGCUCUGGCAGCCGGGGUCGGGCAGUCACCCUCCCGAUGGUUACAAAGAAGCAAAGAUCCGACUCACGACUACGGCCCACAGCCACCGCCGUCGCCGCCGCUGCCACAACCAAUGGCCAAGUCUUCCAAGUGGUGGUCAUGAGAGUUUCAAUCCAUUGCCAAGGAUGCGCAGGAAAAGUGAGGAAACAUCUCUCUAAAAUGGAAGGUGUGACAUCCUUCAGCAUAGAUCUGGAAUCCAAGAGGGUAACAGUGAUGGGGCAUGUGUCCCCUGUGGGGGUCCUGGAGAGCAUAUCAAAGGUGAAAAAGGCCGAGUUCUGGCCAUGCUCAUGAAUUCAACUCCACAUGGUCUUUCAGCAUCAAUCUCAAAAGUGCAAGAACUUUUGAGCAUCAUAAGACAGAUCAUGCUUUUUCUUCUGCGUGUCAACAUCUCCUUUAUGUUCUAAUAUUACAAGUAUUUUUAUUGCGACUAGUCUUUAGCUACGAGCUUCUAAUCCUCUCAUUGCCUGUAUAUUACUGAUCUGAACCUGUUUUAAUCCCUUCCUUUGUUUGGUCUUU